GGUGUAAGGAAUACACUGUACAAUAAGAGCAGAUGUUAUUUAUCAACAGACAAUCAUGCAAUAACAUAUUAAGUUCACCUCUCUGUCUUCGCUCUAGAAAUCACUCUGCACUGCACAGCACUGGAGUGGAGACUCCACUCCAGGUCUUAUCAACUGCAGAGUGUGCAUGACCCAUGCACAGUACCUAUCAAGCCUGUUACCUUGUUUCAAAAGCACAAUACACAUAGAAAUCAGUAGAGUUAAAAAAUCACAAAGCCUAAUCAACGCAGUGUGUAACAGAGCCGGCAGCCUGUAAAACCUAGACUGGAUCACUUUUAGGGAAUCUGUGUUGCAGGCAUUUUUUAAAGCAUUUUUCACCACAUUUCAAAUGAUGUUAAAGUGUGUGAGAGAAAACUCAACAUGUCCCUGCCUCCGUAGUUACGUUCACUACUGACCUGAAGGAGAGACAAACAUGCUUCUGUUCUGCAGAAGUGUGGUUUUCUGAACAAAUAGCUCUCAGCCUCUUUCAAAGCCUGAGGUUUCCAUCAACUCAACCAUCUGCACCACACUGCUGAGACACACUAGCAGGGACUCUUCACCAAAAGAGUGGUGAAGCUGAAAGGAACCUACACACAUAAUGAAAGAUCACGUAUACAGAAGCAUUAAGACCUGGUUGAUAGUAAAACUGUGAAGAGGAACUUGUAAGUUUUAAUUCCGCUUUGAAAAAAAGGAAGAUGGAUUGUUUUUGGCUGAAGAGCCUCUUUGGGUGUGAAGAAGAGAGAAGAAGGAAGCAGGAAUGUAAGGCAUAUGAGAGCAGAGAACAGCGUAGGAGAGAAAUUACACACAGAUGAAAAAAAGGGCAUUCAGCACGUCAAGCCUGUUGUUAUCAGCUAAUUAAUCUGAGGAUCCAUUUCUUGAAAGAAGCCAGGGUAUCGACUUCAACAACUGGAUAACGUCUUCCAGAUGUCCUUUAAUACAGCCUUUCUGAUCAUUGUGAACUAAUUUGGACCAUCUAGCCAAUGUGAUCGCACCUUAGCAUACAUCCUAGUAUCUGAGUAAAUCAGUGAGAUAGGCUGACAAUACCCAUAUAACAUGCAUCUACAGUAACAACAGUAUUAGCUUCUCACCAGUAAUACAAAACUGUCUUUAGUUUUCAUAUCCUGCACACAACACUGCAAUUUAGCAUGUAAUAAAUUCGACAAGGAACAAGGAACAGUUUCAAGUGGCAAGUCAACAGCAAUGGAAUAAGCAGAGGUUAAUUCUACAACGUAAAGAAGAAUUGGGAAGUUUCAACUGUUGACCCUCUUAAGGUGUGAAGGAGAGAGGAUGAUAGCAGGGAUAUAAAUCUGUGAGGGAGAAAAAUAAUAGGUAAUAGGAAUAUAAAUAAAGAGAAAAUAACUUUUCAGAAUCCACUCUGUAUCGUUUUCAGUGCUCAGCAUUUUAAGACCUUAUUAACUGACCAAGUCUUGGUUAAAAGAUAGGCCUGCAGAUGCUUUUGUCCAGAAGCCUCCACUAUGUGAGAUGCUAUCUGCUCUCACUACGGCCACAUCAUUUCACAAUAACUGUGAUGGGGAAGAAGGCAAACCAGAGACCUGACAAGAUCGGAGGCCAAAAAAACAUGUAUUUCAAGAUCAAAAUAAAUUUCUUGGUAACAUCUCCUUAUAAGGCAGGAAUGAGAUGCCAAACACUGGACCAAUAUAAAUGCUGUCGUGCUGACCUCAGCUGAACUCACUCUCCUCUCUGUGCUCAAGAGGUUCUGGGGUUUCGCUGUCUCUGCCUGGACUGUGCUGGGGCACACGGAAAUCAAACAGGAAAGACUCUGGAAGAGUGACUCACCUGACUCCUGCUCUUGGUUGACGAGCUCGUGAGGCUGACAUGGAGACGAUCCUGCUGAGGGCGCUGGCUGUGCUCCUGCUGGCUGUGGCUGCGGAGCCCAGAGAGGACUCGGCUCUUGAGAAGGAUGCCGUUGCCGAGUCACGGCUGUGCUGUGCGCAGGACUGGCUCGGGCCCGUGCGGCUGGACAUGGCCCAGAGCUCCGUGGACGAUCAGUACGCGGGCUGCCACAGGAAGAUGCUGCAGGAAGUCACCAGGCCCGGGGGGCUGCUGCAUCGAGAGAGGAACAUGAACGCGGAGCUGAACGUAGCCUGGAAUUCCGCGAUCUACACGCACUACAUUCCAGGGGCGACCGUCGAACACGCCAGGGCCCUCCGGGUGUACACCAUGGAGAGGCCGCCAGUCUACCGCUCGUUCAACGCAGCCACCCGCAGCCAGGGAGGAAGCAGGCACCUCUACCGGCUCCGCUACCGCUACAAGGCCCUGCACUUCCUGCUGACGGACGCCCUGCGCUUGCUGAAGAGACUGCAGGGGCCGGGGUGCCGCGCGGUGUACCGCGGCACGAGGUUGAGGUUCCAGGUCACGCCCAAUGGAUACAUUCGCUUUGGGAGCUUCACUUCCACCUCCGCGAGACCGCGCGUUGCCAAGAGAUUCGGCCAGACGACCUUUUUCAGGAUCACCACCUGCUACGGCGCGGACAUCAGCGCCUUCUCCGCCUUCGCCAGCGAACAGGAGGUGCUGAUCCCGCCCUUCGAGAUGUUCGCCGUGAAGUCGGUGAGGAAGACCGCCGCCGGGAAAACGGUCGUUCUGGUGUCCAGUGGGACCUUCAGCAAUCUGAAGUGCUCUUUCUUCACCAGGGGUAGGGAAGGAAGACGACUCACUGGCUCGCUGCCUGAGGACUGGGCUGGGCCCUCAGGGGUAGAGAAGGAAGAAGACUCGCUGACUCGCUGGGAGGUGCUGCCUCACUCCCGGGAGCUGGAUCCUCGGGAGCCAGAGAGAAGCAGGAUUAAUGGGGUCGUGGGGUAGCUCAUGAUGUUUCCAGGCAAGCACCGGGCGCAAAGGAGAAUACUCCUGGGAUGGGACACCACUCCAUUACGACAUCAGCGUCCAUCAGAUCAGACUCCACUCCAUUACGACAUCAGCGUCCAGCAGAUCAGAGUCCACUCCAUUAUGACAUCAGCGUCCAGCAGAUCAGAGUCCACUCCAUUAUGACAUCAGCGUCCAGCAGAUCAGAGUCCACUCCAUUACAACAUCAGCUUCCAUCAGAUCAGAGUCCACUCUUUUAAGACAUCAGUGUCCAGCAGAUCAGAGUCCACUCCAUUACAUCAGCAUCCAGCAGAUCAGAGUCCACUUCAUUACGACAUCAGCGUCCAUCAGAUCAGAGUCCACUCUUUUAAGACAUCAGCGUCCAUCAGAUCAGAGUCCACUCCUCUCUGACAGCCACAGAGAGGUGUGGACUCUGAUCUGAUGGACACAGCUGUGUCCAGUGUCCAUCACAGCUUGUGUUUCAGAGCCUGUGUUCCCUCAGUCUGGUCGUGCGCUGCUCUGAUAGAACACCGUGUGAAGGUGUGCUAGCGAUUGAUAAAACAAAGAGAUCAACACACACAGCAUUGAGUCGGUAGAUGACACCCAGUAACAUCUUGUCUAUUUUCUGAUGGGUUUUCUUUCAUCACUGCAUAUACUGUAAGUGUCAACAGUGCAGAUGGACGGAGAGUCUUGCUUGGAAUAGUUAAAUAGCUUUACAGGGAAAUCUCUGCACAACUUUGGGAUUUUCCUCUGUUCUUGCAUCUCACUGCCCCCGCGCUUCGCUAUUGUGCUCAGCAAGAAAAGCAUGAAUAAAAAACACUUAUUAAAACCUA